UUCGUGUUCACAUCUCCGCAAACCGGCAUAUCCUACACAAACCAGGAGCUCGAUGAAUGGUCGCGAGGCAAACUCAACGAUCAAGGUGAUAAGGUUUACUUUAAACCCGGUUUUGUUGACGCCGAUCCUUGGUCUCGACUCCGGGCGGGUAGGAGAGACGAA